AUGUUGGAGAAGAAGAGGAGAAACUUACAGAAGCGAAACUUCCGAAGAAUUGUUUCACGAAACUUAUCCCACCAUUCUCCUCCGCUUCAUUCUCUUCUAUGCUCGAACCCUACAUCCUCUAAAGCUUCUUUGGCGCUCAGAUCCAGAAAAAUAGGUCAAUAUGUCAUGUUGUGGCUCAAAUCGGAUUUAGAUCUGUUAUGGAGAGAAGAUAAAUGGCUUACCAGUGCCACCGACGGCGGCUUGAGAUGGAUGAGAAAGGAUGGAGGAGGCCGAGAAAUAUCUCGACGGUGUGGACGUCCGCCGACGGAGACUAGAACUCGGUUCUUCGGGGAAGCCCGAGAAGGUGGAGACAGGUCGGACGGGAGGCAGAGCCGGAGGCGGAGGCUCAUUUCGAAACUUCGUCGGCGGCUCCUCGAAACUCGAGCCAUGGAGAGAGUAAACUAG